CUGAAUAUUCAGUUGUUAACCGGUGUACCUAAUAAAGUGGACGGUGCGUCCAGUUGUUUUGUUAGUUCAGCGAGUUUCCAGCAGAGGGCGCUGUUACACAGAACAUCAGCAGUUUCUUCCAUCAAAACUCUUUCAUUUUUUUGAAUCGGUUUGUUUCUCAGGUUUUAUUCUGAAGAUGAGAUUAAAUUUAACAUGAAUUUCAGUUUAAUCUGCAGUAAAAAUGCGGCCCGGCCCAUCGGAACCUCCAGAUGAGUUAAUGAGAUCAGAACCGACCCGGUUCUGCCCCUUUGAGCAGGCGGCCUGGUGGAUGUGAUGAAUGAAAGCUGCAGCAGCUGAUCCAGAGUCAGAUUAUCCACCUCCCCCCAGCGAGGCCAAAGGGGCGGGGCCUGGGCGGCAGAAGGUUCAUUGUCUGAGCAGGGAGGGUCGAGCGAGCUCCACACGGACGGCGGCUCCGGGGGAGAGAGAGACAAAGAGGGGGAGGCCGAGUCUUUCUUUCUUGGUGUGGGGGAGGAGAGGGGGAGGAUUAACCGGCUCAACUGCGACACACACACACACACGCGCGCUUCAUCCAAACACACAACAACACGGCUGCAGAGCCGGGCUUCAUCUGGAUCAGCAUCAGCAGCAUCAGCAGCAUUGCUGCCUGCAGGAGACAAAGAGGCAGACAGGAGGAGGAAGAGGAGGAGGGGAUCUUCAUCGUUCGAGGACAGGAAGAGCAUCCCGGCCUCCAGCCGCCUCCGUCCGUCAUGGCCGACCACAUGUUCCUGCUGCUGUGUGUGUGAGCGCGGCGGUCCGGGUGGGUGUGUUCGCUGCGUCCGCUGUGGUCGCUCCUCUGCCUCGGUGUGUGUGAGAGUGUGUGUGUGUGUGUGUUAUGGGGAACACAGAGAGCAUGGAGAGCCAGCUGGCCGUGAUCCGGUCCAGAGCCGCCCCGGUCCGACUGCCGAUGCCCGACCCGGCGGAGCUGGAGGAGCGGUUCUCCAUCGCGUUGAAUUCGAUGAACCUUCCUCCAGACAAGGUGCGUCUGCUGCGUUCCUAUGACAACGAGAAGAAGUGGGAGCUGAUCUGCGAUCAGGAGAGAUUCCAGGUGAAGAACCCCCCCCAUACCUACAUCCAGAAACUCAGAGGCUUCCUUGAUCCGGCUGUGACGCGAAAGAAGUUCAGACGAAGAGUUCAGGAAUCGACCCAAACGCUCAGAGAGCUCGAGAUUUCUCUGCGUACAAACCACAUCGGCUGGGUCAGAGAGUUUCUGAAUGAGGAGAAUCGAGGUCUGGAUGUUCUGGUCGAGUAUCUGUCCUUCGCUCAGUACGCCGUCACGUUUGAUGGUGAGCAGUCGGACACCGGGAGCGAGGUGGGCUCCAUCGACUCGCCCUGGAGUCGGUCCAUCGAGGAUCUCCAUGGCGACUGCAGCCUCCCGUCGCCGUCCUCGUCCAUUUCCCGCUCGGCCCGACACUCCAUCAGCUCGACCCUGGUGACCCGGUCCAACACGCUGCCGAGUCGCAGAACCCUUAAGAACUCACGACUCGUCUGCAAGAAGGACGACGUCCACGUCUGCAUCAUGUGUCUGAGAGCCAUCAUGAACUACCAGUACGGCUUCAACAUGGUGAUGUCCCAUCCGCACGCCGUCAACGAGAUCGCUCUGAGUCUGAACAACAGGAACCCCAGGACCAAAGCGCUGGUUCUGGAGCUGCUGGCGGCCGUGUGCCUGGUCCGAGGAGGACAUGAGAUCAUCCUGGCAGCCUUCGACAACUUCAAAACCGUGUGUAACGAGUCGAUGCGUUUCGAGAAGCUGAUGGAACAUUUCAAGAACGAAGACGACAACAUCGACUUCCUGGUGGCCUGCAUGCAGUUCAUCAACAUCGUGGUUCACUCCGUGGAGGACAUGAACUUCAGAGUUCACCUGCAGUACGACUUCACCAAGCUGAACCUGGAGGAACACCUGGAGAGGCUGAAGCACACGGAGAGCGACCGGCUGCAGGUCCAGAUCCAGGCUUACCUGGACAACGUGUUUGACGUCGGGACGCUGCUGGAGGACGCAGAGACCAAAACCGCUGCUCUGGAGAGAGUGGAGGAACUGGAGGAGAACCUCGCUACGAUGUCGGAGCGGCUGCUGGACGUGGAGAACGAAGCCAUGCUGAAGAUCGUGGAGCUGGAGAAGCAGCUGAUGCAGACCAACAAAGAGCUGGACCAGCUGCGGGAGGUGUACGCCAGCGCCAACACCCAGGUUCACACCCUGAGGCGGAUAGUUCGGGAGAAAGACCAGACGAUCCGGCGGCAGAGUCGCCUGGAGCGCCAGGCGCAGGAGGCGCAGCAGUCCGGCGGACCCGGAGCGCCGCAGCCUCAGAGGGGCGAAGGCGACGGGGGCGUGGCCGACUCCGCCUCCCCGUCGCCGCCACCGUGUCCCACGCUGUCCCCCAGCCCGGAGACGGUGGCCUAUCACAGCAUGGGACCGGGGAUGGGCGGGGCUCCAGGCAUGCCGGCUCCGCCCCCUCCGCCUCCACCACCGCCGCCAAUGCCGAGCUCAGUGUCCAACGGGCCGUAUCCGGCCCCGCCCCCUCCCGCCCCGCCGCCCCCUCCGCCUCCGCCCCCCCCCUGCAGGACCAGCGAGCUUUCCUCCAUCCCCAUGGCCCCGCCCCCUCCUCCUGUGGCCCCGCCCCUGCCGGGGUCAGGGGGGUCGGCGACUGUCAUCUUUAACUCUGGCCUCGCAGAGGGUCCACUCAAGUUGUUCUCCGUGAAGAUCAAGAAACCGAUCCAGACCAAGUUCCGGAUGCCGGUGCUGAACUGGGUCGCCCUGAAGCCCAGCCAGAUCAACGGAACCGUCUUCAACGACAUCGACGACGAGUCCAUCCUGCAGGACCUGGACAUGGAGGGCUUUGAGGAGCUGUUCAAGACCAAGGCCCAGGGCCCGGCCGUGGACCUGACGCUGACCCGGCAGAAGCUGCCCCAGAAAGCCCCGUCCAAGGUGUCGCUGCUGGAGGCCAACCGGGCCAAGAACCUGGCCAUCACCCUGAGGAAGGCCGGCCAGGCCUCAGAGGUCAUCUGCCGAGCCAUCCACACGUUCGACCUCCGGACGGUUCCUGUGGACUUCGUCGAGUGUCUGACGCGCUUCAUCCCGACGGAGGCCGAGGUCAAGCUGCUGCGGCAGUACGAGAGGGACAGGAAGCCGCUGGAGGCUCUGAGCGACGAGGAUCGCUUCAUGAUGCAGUUCAGCCGCAUCGAGCGGCUCAGCCAGCGCAUGACCAUCAUGACCUUCAUGGGAAACUACGCAGACAACAUCCAGAUGCUGACGCCGCAACUCCACGCCAUCAUCGCCGCGUCGGUUUCCAUCAAAUCGUCUCAGAAGCUGAAGAAGAUCCUGGAGAUCAUCCUGGCUCUGGGGAACUACAUGAACAGCAGCAAGAGGGGAGCCGUGUACGGCUUCAAGCUGCAGAGCCUGGACCUGCUGCUGGAGACCAAAUCAACGGACCGGAAGCAAACGCUGCUUCACUACAUCUCCAACGUGGUGCGAGAGAAAUAUCCCGGAGUGACGCUGUUUUACAACGAGCUGCACUACGUGGACAAAGCCGCCGCAGUGAGCCUGGAGAACGUCCUGUGUGACGUGAAGGAGCUGCAGCGCGGCAUGGAGCUCACCUGGAGGGAGUUCAGCGUUUCCCACAAUGCAACGCUGAAAGACUUCAUCAGCAGGAACGAAUCCCGCCUCAACAAGCUGCAGGAGGACGCUCGCAUCGCACAGGACGCCUUCGAAGACGCCGUGAAGUUCUUUGGGGAAAGCUCCAAAACGAUGCCGCCGUCCGUCUUCUUCCCCAUCUUUGUCCGGUUCAUCAAAGCCUACAGGGUUGCGGAGGAGGAGAACGAGCAGAGGAGGCGCCAGGAGCAGAUGCUGCUGGAGAAACUGGAGCAGGAGGAGCAGCAGGAGGAGGCGGAGACCAAGUCUCCAUCGCACAAAGGCAAGCGGCAGCAGCAGGAGCUGAUCACAGAGCUCAGACGGAAGCAGGGCAAGGACAGCCGCCACGUGUACGAAGGGAAAGACGGCGCCAUCGAGGACAUCAUCACAGCACUGAAGACGGUUCCCUUCACGGCCCGGUCGGCCAAACGCAGCUCUCGCUUCUUCUGUGACCCCGCCCACUCUGAGGAGCAUUACUGAGCUGGCCACGCCCACUCCGGAGCAACGGGACCAAUGAGCACUUUGAACUUUUCUGAUGGAUCAUGUUUUAGUUUCCUGGUCGCUGGUCGGAACCCAGACCUGCUACGGACCUCUGGUGCUUUCAGAACAAACCCAAACGCCUUCAAACAUGGCGGAGGCAACACCUGCCCAACAUGGCUGCCGGGUAGAAACCAUGAGCUGGUAGAGGUCUGAGUCAAACAUAAGGUGCCAUUAAAACCCCCUGGGUUCAGUUUAUCACGGUGCUAUAGUCCUCCUCUCCACUGGGGGCGCUGCAGGCCGACAGGUCUGAGGUUCUGUGGCGGUUCUGGGUUCCUCCGGUCUGCGUCCGCUUGUACAGGGUUCAACUCUUCUCACCGCGUCGUAUGCUUCUAUCUUCUGCUGUAUUUACUGGCCUUACAGAUCCACAGCGCCGGAACCCAAAUCAGUUCAACCGGUUCUCCAGAACCCAAACAAACUCUGUUAAUCUGGACAUUUACUCCUGAAGAAACACCUCUGUUCCUCAGAUUAUCCACCUGAGACUCAGCAGAGUCGACCAGAAACCAGCGUUUCUGCCUCUGGUGGGUCCAAAAGGUGCUGCUGGCCACAACAGAACCAGCAGGCUUCUGCAGUUUGGACCCAACAAACGGCGAAACAAGCUGCAAACAGGAAACAUACAAAAAAACAAAAACACGCAACAGAAAAACGCUGCAACUAUGGGAGAUGGAAACAAAAAGGAGAAAAGCCCACACAGAAUUCCUCCAGGCCACUAGAGGGAGUCUGAAGAAACAUAAAGCUGAUAGCAAAACUUUUUCUACCAAGUCUCCGAUUGAAAUCCCAUGUUUACUGGCUCCGUAUGACUUGUUGGUCGACUCCCCCUAGUGGCCUGGAGGACUUUAGUCAUAAGGGAGGAUUUAUCCUCAGAUUAUCCACCUUAGCUAGUUCGCUGCGUUUUAUACAACAGUGUUAUUAUAAUUAAUAAAUAAUAGGAAUAAAAUAUAAUGAUUUAAAAAAAUUUUUUAGACUUUUGAAAAUCAAACAUUUGAGUAUUUUCUAGAAAAAUUCUGAGAUUAAUCUACAGAUUUCAGUUUCUUUAAAGUUAAAAUUUCAUAAGUUUUUCUAACAAAUUUCUGAUCUUUGAAAGUCAGAAAUUUGCUGGAUUUUCUCAGAAAUCAAUCUCAAAAUUUUAGAUUCUUUCUGUGGUAAUUUGCUCAGUUUAUAUCUAGAAUACGCCAUUGUAGUUUUCACUAUUUGUGGUAUUUUUCCCCUCUCCUAUUUUAUGCAGUUUUACUGAUUUGACAUUUUUCUUCCUUUUGUUUUGCAGUUGAAUCCUUCAUGUUUGCAGCUCGUUUGGCCGUUUGCUGCAUGUUUGCACCGUCUGCUGUAUAAUCCAUGUAAACACUAAGAAUCACCAACUGGACCCGGGUCAGCAUCAGCACUGACGGUGCUCUCACUGUCCCUCCCCUCCGGCCCGUUUUCAGUUGUUUUCAGUCCAAACGUUCAGAGCACAAGGUUUUCUACGUGUACAGACGUUUUCUAGAAGGUUCUGUAGCUUCUCUGUCCGUCUGUGUUGUUGUUGCUGUUAUUUUGCACUCGGUGUGGAAAUAAAACAAACCUUCUGCAUCA